CAUGUAAUCAAUACGAUCGCAAGAAGCUUAACAGAUACUCCCGACGACACCUAUCUUGCCGGACAAUCUGAUUCUAUAGACAGUACGCGGUGCAACGUCCUCUACGUUUUACGCUUAGCAGACUCGACAGAAUCAAGGACUUUACCCCCCCCCCCCAUUGCUAUCAAUGUACGAUCGAGUGUAGAUGAAGCAUACAUGUCUCAGAUAAUUCAGCAGUGCGCUUGUAUAUUUGAAAAGCAUCAGAAAGCCCCUAUCUCUCUUGUUUUUUUUUGUGUUGACAAAGUGGGUUGUAACGUUCUCGAACGUUCUUCAUUACCUCAAGGUUUUCCUUUUCUCAAGGAAGUGCGGUGCAAUUUCUGGGCAGAGCGACGCUUCUUACUGUCGAAGGAUGACUUUAUCAGCGGCAGAGCGUACCACCCGUUAUUGGAUAUAGCACGCUUUAUCUCAUCCCACAAUGAUUGUAUCUUGCUCACAAAGGAUCAGUAA